CAUACAUAGACAGGUCACAUGGUUAGUCAUGAGGAAGUAAACAGUAAAAAAGAAAAAAAAAAAAAGAAUCCAAAACGAAUACUUGGAAUUACGACCUUUUCUGGAAGUGUGUAUUUGACAAUUAAUUCAUAUACAGCCGUGAUGGUAGAUUUCUUGGCGGAGAACAACUUGUGUGGCCAGGCCAUCCUCAGGAUAGUAUCCAGGGGGAAUGCUAUCAUUGCUGAGCUCCUGCGCCUCUCUGACUUCAUCCCUGAAGUUUUCAGACUCAAGGACAAGAGUGAUCAGCAGAAGUAUGGAGACAUUAUCUGCGACUUUAGCUACUUUAAGGGCGCAGAAUAUUAUGAGGGAAAACUGGAAGCCAAACCUGAGCUUCAGGACCUAGAUGAAGAGUUCAGAGAGAACAACAUUGAGAUUCUUUCGAGAUUCUAUCUAGCGUUUGAGAGUGUCCACAAAUACAUCGUAGAUCUAAAUAGAUAUUUGGAUGACCUGCAUGAGGGUGUUUAUAUUCAGCAGACGCUUGAGACUGUACUUCUAAAUGAGGAUGGAAAACAGCUCCUGUGUGAGGCGCUCUACCUGUACGGUGUGAUGUUACUUGUUAUCGACCAAAAGAUUGAAGGGGAUGUCCGAGAAAGGAUGCUUGUUUCCUACUAUAGAUACAGUGCGGCAAGGUCUUCAGCUGACUCCAAUAUGGACGAUAUCUGCAAGCUCCUCCGCAGCACGGGCUUCUCCAGCCAGCCUGGAGCCCGACGGCCAGCCAACUACCCAGAGAGCUACUUCCAGAGGGUUCCCAUCAGUGACACAUUCAUUAGUAUGGUCAUUGGGAGACUGCGCUCUGACGACAUCUACAACCAAGUGUUUGCCUACCCGCUACCAGAACAUCGCAGUACAGCACUAGCUAAUCAGGCAGCCAUGCUGUACGUCUGCCUUUACUUCAGUCCAUCCAUACUACAAACCCAGCAGGCCAAGAUGAGAGAGAUAGUUGACAAGUACUUCCCUGACAACUGGGUUAUCAGUAUCUACAUGGGGAUUACAGUGAAUCUGGUAGAUGUCUGGGAGCCAUAUAAAGCUGCUAAAACUGCUCUCAACUACACUUUAGAUUCUGCUAACAUCAAAGAGCAGGCGACCCGUUAUGCCACUAGCAUGGAGACUCUCCGACCUCAGGUGCAGCAGCUGCUAAAGGAAGGUUUCCUCAGAGAAGAAAUAAUUCUGGACAACAUCCCAAAAUUGCUCAACUGUCUGAGAGACUGCAAUGUUGCUAUUCGCUGGCUUAUGCUGCAUUCUGCUGAGUCAGCCUAUGACCCAAACAAUAAGAAAAUUCGCCAGAUUAAAGACCAAGUAAUCAGUGAUUCCAAGUACAACCCAAAGAUCCUCUUUCAGCUCCUUCUCGAUGCAGCCCAGCUAGAAUUUACCCUCAAGGAGAUGUUCAAGCAGAUGCUGUCAGAGAAACAGAUCAAAUGGGAAAGCUACAAGAAGGAGGGUUCAGAGAGAAUGACUGAGCUGGCUGAAGUCUUCUCUGGUGUUAAACCACUCACAAGAGUGGAAAAGAAUGAAAAUCUUCAAGCUUGGUUCAGAGAAAUCUCCAAACAGAUUGAAUCUCUAAACUAUGAGGACUCUACAGCGGCUGGACGGAAGACUGUUCAACUCAUACAGGCUCUUGUCGAGGUUCAGGAGUUCCACCAGUUAGAGUCUAACCUGCAGGUCUGUCAGUUCCUGGCUGACACAAGAAAGUUGCUGCACCAAAUGAUUCGUACCAUCAAUAUCAAGGAAGAGGUCCUCAUCACAAUGCAGAUAGUUGGAGACUUGUCUUAUGCUUGGCAGAUCAUUGACAGCUUUACAUCCAUUAUGCAGGAAAGCAUCCGAGUAAACUCAUCCAUGGUCACAAAACUGCGAGCUACCUUUCUAAAGCUGGCCUCAGCUUUGGAUCUUCCAUUGCUGCGUAUCAACCAAGUCAACAGCGCUGACCUGCUGAGUGUUUCGCAGUUCUACUCAGGAGAAUUGGUGGCUUAUGUCAGAAAGGUACUGCAGAUCAUCCCAGAAAGCAUGUUCACCUGUCUGGCCAAAAUCAUUAAGCUUCAGAUCCAUGACAUCAUCGAGGUUCCUACAAGGCUAGACAAGGACAAACUGAAGGACUACUCCCAGCUUGGAGCACGCUAUGAAGUGGCUAAACUCACCCAUGACAUCUCUAUUUUCACUGAGGGUAUCUUGAUGAUGAAGACCACUUUAGUUGGAAUUAUCAAGGUAGAUCCCAAGCAGCUUUUGGAGGAUGGCAUUAGGAAGGAGCUGGUAAAGAGGGUCGCUUAUGCUCUUCACAAAGGAUUGAUUUUUAACCCCAAGGCUAAGACGAGUGAGCUGAUGUCCAAGUUAAAAGAUAUGGCAGCCACCAUGGACGGGUUCUACAGGUCAUUUGAGUACAUCCAGGACUACGUCAGUAUAUAUGGCCUAAAAAUUUGGCAGGAGGAAGUAUCCCGAAUCAUCAAUUACAAUGUAGAGCAAGAGUGCAACAGCUUCCUCCGGGCUAAGAUCCAAGACUGGCAGAGUGUGUACCAGUCCACUCACAUUCCCAUCCCCAUGUUUCCAUCUGUGGAUGAGUCUGCCACCUUCAUUGGACGUCUCUGCAGAGAAAUUCUUCGGAUCACAGAUCCUAAGACGACAUGUUACAUUGACCAAAUGAACACCUGGUAUGACCUAAAGAGCCACCAGGAAGUGACCAACAAUAGACUGUUCUCUGAGAUCCAGAGCUCAUUAGGUACAUUUGGCCUCAAUGGAUUGGACCGCUUGCUGUGCUUUAUGAUUGUCAAAGAGCUCCAGAUUUUUUUGACAAUGAUUCAGAAAACCAUUCUGAGGGAUAAAUCUGCAUUAGAGGUUUUUAAAGGUAUGCUGGGUUCUGUCAAUCCAGUCCAGGGCAUUGUCGCUAAUGCCAGCAAGGUAUAUGCCAAUGCUGUAACCAAAACCCUCAAAAUCUGGGGACCAUAUUUGGAUGCCAUCAUGAAGGUUGGUCAAAUGCAAAUUCUUCGUCAGCAAAUUGCUAAUGAGUUGAACUACUCUUGCAAGUUUGACUCAAAACACCUGGCGGCAGCCCUCGAAAACCUUAACAAGUCAUUGCUAGCAGACAUAGAAGCACACUACCAGGACCCGUCGCUGCCCUACCCGAAAGAGGACAACACUCUUUUGUAUGAGAUAACAGCCUAUUUGGACGCCGCGGGUAUUCACAACCCACUUAAUAAGAUCUACAUCACCACAAAGCGCCUUCCUUUCUUUCCCAUCAUCAACUUCCUCUUCAUUAUUGCUCAGCUGCCUAAGCUUCAGUACAGCAGAAACCAAGGCAUGACGUGCAGGAAAUCCACCGACCCAGUAGACUGGCCUCCCUUAGUGCUCGGUCUGCUAACACUUCUCAAACAGUUUCACUCCAGAUACACAAAGCAGUUCUUGGCUCUCCUUGGUCAGUUCAUCCGCUCUAUCAUGGAACAGUGUACAAGUCAGAAAAUUCCUGACAUGCCUUCAGAUGUGGUGGGAGCACUAAUGUUCCUGGAGGACUAUGUGAAAUAUACUAAAUUGUCACGAAAAGUGGCUGAAGCCCAUGUCCCCAGUUUCAUUUUUGACGAAUUCAGAACAAUACUGUGAAGCAUUAGAAGAAGCACCGAGCCAGAAAAUAACAUUUUAUUGCCUUUUGUGAACAUUGCAUUAUUUAGAUCAUUAGUGUCUUAAUGUACAGAUGUAACACUGUGUUUUGUACAUAGAUUAAAUUACCUAAGAGUUUCUAACAAUUGUACUACCAUUUUGUAAUACCAAUGUAAUAAAAAUGAUGACUGGUUAGCAUAUUUGCCUAAAGUUCAAAGGUUUUGAAUUUGAAUCCGGGAUACGAACAAAAUUGUCAUUAAAUGGCUGUCUUGAUUGUCAAAUUAGCAGACUGCACCAACUGAGUAAAGUUCCACCAUGAGGUUACUGAGGUCAGGCAUCUGUUGUUAAGGUAGAAGUCGCUUCUUUGUGUGCGUCACUGGUGUAACUACUAAUUCACAGUUUAAUUUCCUCGUCUUUGCUUUGGUAGAUGUAAAAUCAAUGCCCUCAAUCUUACUAUAGGAAAUACCUUUAAUAGAGGAAUGUAGCCGGUGCGAUCUAUCAUCUCGGACAGAUAGCGCAGUUGCUUCAUUUGUGAACAGGACAGGUACAAUAUGUGUACAGAUUUCUCCCAAGCUUGCCAUGCAUUUGCAAUGAGCAGAGACUUACCUGUUGGCUUGAAUGAUAAUCCAGGGUGAUUAUGGGUCAACAUAUAUUUGUGAAUGAAUAACCUGCCGUGACAAGACAAGCACAAUUGUGCUACCAGAGGUUGAAGGCUGUGACCUGAAGAGUGUGCAUGUCCUCUACUGCCAGUGGACUACUUGCUAACUCCUAACCAGACUACUUGCUAACUCCUAACCAACAGGCAACAAUAAAAAUGCAAUUAAUUAACCAGCCCUAAGACAAAACAACAAAUCGGGCUCAGAGGAGCAAUUCAUAUAUAUCCCUAGAAUAUAUAUAGCUAAUUUCAUUGUGAUCUGUCCACGGAUAACAGAUGAAAGGCUGGUAUGUCUAUUUGCACUGCACACAAAGUUAGUCUGUACAUAGGCGUCGCCAGACAUAUUUCACUGGGGCACGUGUCCCUGUAUUGAUCUGCAGUGCCCCAUUAUAAAUUUCACUGGUAAAAAUAAAUGAAUAAAAUACUUUGGAGUUUUAAGUCUACAUAGGAAAAUCUCCAGAAUGCGCAUAAUUGAUAUGGCCGUAUAACUCUAUCCACUCCAUAUACACAAUCUGCACAUGGCUCCUAAUGUAUGCACGUAACUUUGACUGUGAUAGGCAUAUGAGUUGACACUUGCUUCUGCGAAGCACUUUCAGGAGAUAUGCUGCAUUAUGUGUGUCGGUAGAUCUGAGUUGCCAAAUUGGAAAAUCUUUCUGAUGUGUUUUAAAGUCGUAAUGUGGGAUAAAAACAUGGUUGCUACAAAGAAGGGUAGCCUAUUUUAAUGCUCCAACGAUACAUCACAAGUUGAGUGACUGUUUGGCGCUUUUUAUAGACACCGUGUAAUAGAGAAUCAUUUAAUUCGAUGACUCCAACUAGACGUGAAUGCAGCAUCAAUAUUACGGUGCGUGUGCCAAGCUGCCAAUCAUAUAGUCAACGGUGCAAAUGACCUCUUCCCCCUGCUUUACAAGUUAGUGCCAGAUAAACUGCCCGUCUUUGUUGCUCGUUUUUACUUGUGUUGAUGUUUGUCUGGUGGCCUAUUCUCAUGAAUUGUGAAUUUAAAUGUUCAACUUACUCUUCACGUAUCAGGCAGUUAACAGUAAACGACCCAGUUCGCAAAUUGAAGUAGCAGAUUAGCUAACUGGCUAUGAAUACAUUGACAAUUAAAUGCUAUUUAAGUGAGCCUCUCAAGAGCUUUGUGUAAUAUUGUGUUGAUAUGAUAUCUGGUAUUUGAUUUGUGUCAAUACUGAUGCUAUUUAUUGCUAUUUGUUUAUAUGACCAAAAUGAGUAGAAUCAAUCUGUAUGAAUUCCUAACAUCCUAACUUUGGGAUGUAACCUCUAACAAUUUUGUAUGUGUGCUCAUCAUAAUUUCCAGCUGUUUUACAAGCAUUUUAUUUGUUACUUUACUCCUUGCAAUCUGUAACAAAAUGUCUUAAAAAAAAA